AUGGAGCGGCUGGAGCGCUGCGGGCGGUGGCUGCGGGCCGCGCUGGCCGGGGGGGUGCGCCGCCGCCUGCCCGCCGCGCUCCUCGCCAUCGCCCUGCUCGGCUCCGCGCUCAAGGACGGCGAGCUGGUGCCCGACACGCCGCUGAGGAACAAGCGCAACCCGCUCAACGUAUACUUCGUGAAGGUGGCCUGGGCUUGGACCCUGUGGCUGCUGCUGCCCUUCAUCGCUCUCACCACGUACCAGCUGGCCCGGACCAAGCUGCUGUACGGGCGGGCGCGGAGCGCGCUGCUGGCACUGCGGCGGCUGAGCGCGCUGGCCGUGGGCACGGCCGUCUGGUUCGUCUGCACCCAGCUCUUCGUGUACAUCGAGAACCUCACCGGGGAGUGCUCCCUGCCCGCCAGGCCCGGGGACACCCCCCGGCUCUACGCCACCAAGCGCGAGUGCCACCAGGACAGCGGCGUCUGGAACGGCUUCGACAUCUCGGGGCACUGCUUCCUGCUCUCCUACUGCGCCCUCAUGAUCCUGGAGGAGGUGGCCGUGCUGGAGGGCCUGUCCAUGGACCACAGCUCCAAGCUGCGCGUGGUGGUCAACGUGCUGUUCGUCUCCCUGUGCUUCCUCACCGUGAUCUGGGUGUUCAUGUUCCUCUGUACCGCCCUGUAUUUCCAUGACUUCAGUCAGAAGCUCCUGGGUGUGCUGAUAGGUCUGUCAGGCUGGUAUGGGACGUACAGGUUUUGGUAUUUGAAGCCCUUUUCUCCUGGACUACCUCUUCCAAAUAUACCUUUGAGUUCAAAGAAAUACAGCUACAGCAGAUAAAGUAGGGUUUUUUUUUUAAAAUACUGUGGAUUUUGCUUUCAGUACUGGAGUAGUUGAAUGUAGGAAUGGUUACUGUAUUUCCACUGUAAGGAGGAAGGUGAUGGGCUGGAGGAAACCAAAUCUGUACUAGCCAGUGGCUGGCAGGUGGUAAUGAGCUUCUUCCUUGGGAGAAAAAAAAAAGGUACUGGAAGAUGUCUGCUUUUGAUUAGGAGCUGAUGACUGCCAUUGUCAGCAAAGAAAUCAGAAGUUGAAUCUGAUUCUUUCGCUAAUAAAUGAAGGAGCAGACCCAGGGCCAACAGAGGCCUUUGCUCUUUAGGAGCUUACUGAUCUCAAUUAUUUCUCCCUCUUUCCUUUUGAUUCACAUCAAAAUAUUGUGGAUGAUCCAAACCUCAUACUUUUUUUGUAAUGUUCCUAUUUAUAUUGCCUUAUGGGAAAGCUCUAAUAACGACAGUGCUGCUAAGCAUUGCAAAAAUAUCAAUUGUUAAAGCAGUCCUGUUGUGAAACUGGAACAUCUUGUGUUUUCAAGUGUUAAAAACACUAACUUGCCACAAAUGCCUCAUAGCUGUCUGCACCUUCUGCAGCAGAGAGUAAAUCUGAGGUGUAAUGUCUGAAGCAGACUGUGACUUUAAAUUCAUGCCUGCCUCUGAAAAGGGAACUCCUGAGAAAACAAGCCUUAACUUUCUCCUUAGGUGAAGUAGAGACAAUAUUUUGUGAUUUUAUUCUUGAGAGAAAAACCCUAAACUCCUUCCUAGAGUUUUGCUAAAAAGUCUAGUUAUGAGGAUUGGGGUUUUAAUUUUUAAAAAAUCUAGUGAGUUGCACACUUUGCAACAACAAUUUCUUUGUUUUUUUGUUCUUUCUUCUAGAAGAACAGUGAAAUUCUGGUGUUCUGAACAAGCUAGCUUAGCCUGCUGUUUCCCAAAUAGCCUGCUUGGUUAAUGAGUGAAAUGCAUUGCUUAUCCUGGGAGCUGCAAAGCAGAGUGUGCUUGAAGCAAUAUUUAUUCUUUCUUAUCCAGCAAUAUCAAUAAGCUACUUAAUUUUGAUUGCACAUAAAGCUACGGCCACUUUUGAUGUGGCUGGAAACCCACUACUGAAAACACUAAAAUAAAACACUAUUAGAUAAUGAAUAGGGGUGAGAUGGGUCUAUUCAUCAUACCGAUUAGAUGUUUAGCAUAGUUUUUAUCUUGGAAAGCUUUUAAUUAUUUGAUAAAGGCUUAUUCGUGACGCGGUUGCACAAAACGUGCUUGAUGGUGAUGAGCAGGACAGCCAGGGGGGUCUGUGGGCACCUGCACUGACCCCACAGCGGGCUUGGGGUGGCUCCAGGGUGGCUCUGAUUGCUGAGUGCAGGGUGUGAGGCACCGCAGGUUAAUCUUGGCACGUUUUGCCAUCUCCACGUCUCUCUCCCAGCAGGGGAGUGGGAGCGUUUGCAGUUAAUGCAGCAGUGUUAGUUCCACACUGUGUUCUGCCUCUGAGGAGGGCUGAAUUCACUGCAGUUUCCGCUGAGUUCAGUGGAGCUGGGUGUCCUUAGAAAGAACAAAUCACCUCUUGGAAAGAAGCUGUCCAGGGGGUUGUGUAUUUUCUGUCAAGUUCCUCUUGGUUUUUGUAUUAAAUUGCCUCUUAAGCUGCCUCUUUGAAAAUUGCACUGAUUAACUCAUAUUGGGUUUACCUAAAUUUGUUUGAACAAUGCAAAUUUAUUUGCAGACAUUCUUUUGAUGUAAUGUGAGCCUGCUCCCAAUAGAGUUAAGAUAGACCACAAGCCACUCUCACCAUGAAAAAGGAUUAUAUACCCAGAAGGUUUUCUAAUUAAUUUCAUUAAGUUUCUGUUUUAGGUUAUCUUUAUGUAACUUUGCUGUACAGACAAGCCCUUGGAACAGGAAAUGCUGUUUGCUUAAACCAACUGACUCGCUGAAAUGAUGUUCAUUUUCACAAAUGUUUUGUGCAAUCACUGUGGAUAUUUCUGUCCACUUUAACCAGUGUCAUACAGAUUAUUGUUUGUUUUUUUUUAAUGGAAAUAAUGUGGGAUAUGGUUGUUCUCGAAACUUUUAUUUAAACAAUGAAAGAAAAACAUCUGAAAACUUUA